CUAAUUUAACCUUAAGCACUUUUAACCAUUUAUGGCUAUGUUUUCUGGUUUUAAAUAAAACCAACAUACAUAAUAAUUUGAACAUAUCCUAAAGACAACAUAAAAACCGAUUCAUAAUAACCACAAAAUUUAGAUUUGGUUCCAAAACCACUCAACCACAUUCCACUCAAACCAACAGAUCCCCAAAAGCCAGGAUCUCUCCCUUCUUUAAAGCAAUUUCUUUUGAUCAAUUCAAACCUCAUUACAAUCCCCCCACCUCAUCUUCUUCAUUUUCAAUUUCAACCAUAUAAUAAACAACACAGUUUAUCAACUUCUCUUUCUCUCUUUCUAUCUAUAUAUCUAUCUCUCUGCAAACACUGCAGAGACUUAUCCAGCCAUGGCUGCCUGUGGAAGCCUGCAACACAUUUUCGAAAACCCAUUACCUGAAAAUCCAACCCUUCUUGAACACCUCUCAUCAUGGAACCAGAUAAUGCCCUUGAAGCCGACCGAACCAUCGUCAUUUACAGAGAUCUUUGGAGAGCUUCAUUUCAAAGAGAGUUUUGUUCCCCAUUCUUUUUCGUCAUUGUCGUCUUUGACAGAAUCAUCGAACUCUACAUCUGCUGCUGAUGACCUGUGGAAAGAACCGUUGUCAAAUGGUGAGCGUGAACCGUCCAACUUCCAUAGGAAAAGCAAUAGCUUCUCGUCGACCAAUUCUGAAAGCUUGCAACUUUGCACAGAAGGGCUUGGAUAUGAAAGCUUAGAUGAUGUUGAGGAUUUGAAAGGGGUGAUGGAUGAAAAGGAAUGGCACAAGGAGGAUGAAGAGGAAAGGACCUUAAAAAAACAGAUUCAGUACCCAAAUUUGAAGCCUGGAAUGAUUAACAGGACAAAAUCAGCAAAUAUGGAAGAUUUUCCUCCACCAAUUUCUUGUAUGGGAAAGAGUGGGAAGCCUUGGGUUGGUUUCAAAUCUUAUAGGUAUGGUGGAAGGUUUAUAUUGAAGGAAGUGAGAGUUCCCACCCAUGAAUUUCUACAUGCUUCCAGAGAAAAUGGACGUUUGAAACUGCAUAUUCUUGUACCAAAUGAGCAGACCAGAGAAGGCGAGGAUGAGGCUGACGACAACCACGAGAACUGUGAAAAUACUAUUGGGAAAUGCAAGGUUGAAACUAGGCCAUGAUGAUACAAGAUCUUAAGAAGAUAAACAGGGGAAAGAAAGUUGUUUAUGACUUUACAACUUUAUAGAAUAGAAAAAUGACAGGGUUAAGACCGAAGUUUACAAAAUGGGGUUGAUGCCAUCUAAAGUCAGAAGCACCUUGUAUAGCUCUGGUCGGCGAUCGCGAAAUACUCCCCAAGCAUGUCUCUUGGACUUGAUUUUAUCCAGAUCAAACUCUGCUACCAAAACAUCUUCAUCUUUAUCAUUAGCAGCAGCAACAAUUUCUCCAGUUGGUCCUGUUAUUAAAUAAUUCAUAUUAAUACAGUACCUUCUUUUAGUUUCU